AUGGUCGCUACAUCUCGCCUGAGCCUGCUGGGCCUGUCUUUACUCUCUUUAGCUCAGGCGGCUCAGUAUGGGUACAACCACGUAACAGUACGCAAGGACACGGACAUUGUCGCCGUCAACUUCAAGGACGUUGAGGGCGUCGACUUGCUGUCGCCCGCAUUUCUGACCCCGGACACGAUUCCCGAAGGCUUCUCUAAGGGCACAAAGGGUCCGACGGGUGACGAUAUACUUGACUCUUUUGUUCAAGACUUGGCCGAGAAAAACGACUGGCUGACCUACAACAAAGCCAACUUCACUUCGGAGGAAGGCCGGCCUUUUCCUUACCUACAUCUGUCUUCUACAAAGUUGUCUCGCAGGGUUUCAAACUCGACUGGCAAGGUCCGCGUCUGGGUUCAAGGUGCCGUUCACGGCAAUGAGCCAGCCGGCGAUCAGUCGCUCCUGGCCCUACUGGGAGCCCUGGAUGCAAACCAGACAUGGGCCGCGUCGCUUCUCGAGAAGCUCGACAUCAUCAUCUUGCCUCGAUACAACCCCGACGGCGUCGCCUACUUCCAGCGCACCUUGGCCAGCAACUAUGAUCCCAACCGCGACCACGUGAAGCUCGCCCGGAAGCAAACCCGCGACAUCAAAUCCCUCUUUGGCGAGUUCAGCCCCCACGUCGCCAUCGACAUGCACGAGUACAGCGCCACCGCCCGCUACGGAAGCUACUACCACGCCCCCGACGGCCUCUUCUCCGCCGCCAAGAACCUCAACAUCCACCCAGACAUCCGCGCGCUGUCCGAGGAGGUCUUUGCCAAGAACAUUGGCUCGGCCAUGGAGGCCAGGGGCCUGCGCUGGGAACCCUACGUGACCGGGUCCACCAGCACCAACCCGGCGUUCAAGCCAACCUUCGCCGAGGCCGGCUCAGACGCCAAGAUUGGCCGCAACGCCAUGGGCCUCACGCAGUGCGUUACCUUCCUCAUCGAGAUGCGGGGCAUCUACCUCGCGGACCAGGAGUUCCAGCGCCGCACCGUCGCCGGCCUGACGAUGGCCUCGAGCAUCCUGCAGACCGCCGCGGACAAUGCCGAGAAGGUGUACACGACCAUCGAGUCUUCCAUUGCCGACUUUUCGUCAUCCACUUCUGAGAUCGUUGUCACAGACUCGUCGCCGCUCGUCCAGCGCACGUUUCAAAUGGUCAACAUCAACAACGGCUCCGUGACCGACGUGCCCAUCAACUUCCGCUCAACCACCCCGGUAACGGCCAACAUCACCCGCGCCCGCCCUGAAGCCUAUCUCAUCCCCGUCGCCUGGGCCGACCUGGCGGAGCGCCUGCGUGUGUCUGGUCUGGAGGUCAAGACCCUGAGGGAGCCGUAUGUGGGUACUGUGGAGGCGUACAGCAUCACAUCCGCCGCGUUGGAGACAGAGUACUACGAAGGUGUCGUCCGCGCUGCGGUGACGACCCAGUCGCUUGCAAAGGAGGUGGACUUGCCUGCUGGUAGCUUCCUCGUCAGCACGAAGCAGAAGAACGCCGCUCUUGCGUUUGUGGCGCUCGAGCCGGAGAAUAUUGAUUCGUAUGCCAGUUUCAAUAUCGUGCCAGUUGAGCAGGGUGAUGAGUACCCCAUCUACAGAGUGUUGGCUUCAUAG